GGUUGGCUGAAGAGCGCACAGUGGAGUUUUAAUGUCCGCCAUGUUGGCCAUGGCGUAUUGAGGAGAGCGAGCGAGAGAGGAGCGGAGCGUCUCGGCCUCCCACCUCCAGGCGGCUCUGAGUGCCCGGACGGCGGGCUCCGCGCUCCGCCCCUCCAGUCCCCGGCAGCGGUGGGCGAGUGGGGACCGAACCCCCGGUUCUCCAUGAUCCCGCUGGCCGGGGCCGUUUCCCCAGAGCGGAGAGGUAUCUGCUGCGCCUGAGAUGAGUAAACUGUCGUUUCGGGCGCGGGCGCUAGACGCCUCGAAGCCGCUGCCGGUUUUCCGCUGUGAGGAUCUGCCCGACCUGCACGAAUACGCCUCGAUAAACCGGGCCGUGCCGCAGAUGCCCACCGGAAUGGAGAAGGAAGAGGAGUCGGAACACCAUCUUCAGCGGGCUAUUUCAGCACAGCAGGUGUAUGGCGAGAAGAGGGAUAAUAUGGUUAUACCAGUCCCAGAAGCAGAAAGUAACAUCGCUUACUAUGAGUCUAUAUAUCCUGGGGAAUUCAAGAUGCCAAAGCAGCUCAUUCACAUACAGCCUUUUAGUUUGGAUGCUGAGCAGCCCGAUUAUGAUUUGGAUUCUGAAGAUGAAGUAUUUGUGAAUAAACUGAAGAAGAAAAUGGACAUCUGCCCAUUGCAGUUUGAGGAGAUGAUUGACCGUCUAGAAAAAGGCAGUGGUCAGCAGCCAGUCAGUCUGCAGGAAGCCAAACUACUGCUAAAAGAAGACGAUGAAUUAAUUAGAGAAGUUUAUGAAUACUGGAUUAAAAAGAGAAAAAACUGUCGAGGUCCGUCUCUCAUCCCAUCAGUAAAACAAGAGAAGCGAGAUGGUUCGAGCACAAAUGAUCCUUACGUGGCUUUUAGAAGACGAACUGAAAAAAUGCAGACGCGGAAAAAUCGCAAAAAUGAUGAAGCCUCUUAUGAAAAAAUGCUUAAGCUGCGUCGAGACCUAAGCCGGGCUGUUACUAUUUUAGAGAUGAUAAAAAGAAGAGAAAAGAGUAAAAGAGAGCUAUUGCACUUAACACUGGAAAUUAUGGAAAAGAGGUAUAAUCUGGGUGACUACAGUGGGGAGAUCAUGUCUGAGGUCAUGGCUCAGAGGCAGCCCGUGAAGCCCACGUACAGCAUCCCCCUCGUCCCCAUCGCCAACAGCAGUCAGUUCAAGCACCAGGAGGCGAUGGAUGUGAAGGAGUUUAAAGUUAAUAAGCAAGAUAAGGCUGAUCUUAUCCGACCUAAACGUAAAUAUGAAAAGAAGCCCAAAGUCUUACCUUCGUCUGCUGCUGCUGCUCCUCAACAGGCCAGCCCCACCACGCUGCCGGUCUUUAACGCUAAAGACCUAAACCAGUAUGACUUCCCCAGCUCGGACGAAGAGCCUCUCUCCCAGGUUCUGUCUGGCUCUUCAGAAGCUGAGGAAGAGAAUGAUCCCGAUGGCCCUUUUGCUUUCCGAAGGAAGGCAGGCUGUCAGUACUAUGCUCCUCACUUAGACCAAACUGGCAACUGGCCUUGGACUAGUCCUAGCGACGGAGGAAUAGGGGAUGUGCGAUACCGAUACUGCCUGACCACCCUGACCGUGCCCCAGCGGUGCAUUGGAUUUGCACGAAGACGGGUUGGGCGCGGUGGAAGGGUCUUACUGGACAGAGCGCUCUCAGACUACGACGGCGUGUUUCGCCAUCUGGAUCUGGACAUGCUUUCCUCACCACAACAUUCUCCAGUCAAUCAGCCUGCCAAUACCUCAGAAACAAAUACCUCGGACAAAUCUUUGUCUAAAGACCUCAGUCAGAUACUCGUCAAUAUCAAAUCAUGUCGAUGGCGGCAUUUUAGGCCUCGGACACCAUCCCUACAUGAGAGUGACAAUGACGAGCUCUCCUGUCGAAAAUUGUACAGGAGUACAAAUCGAGCAGGCACAGCACAACCCGGGACCCAGACAUGCGGUACCUCUACGCAGAGCAAAAGCAGCAGUGGGUCAGCACACUUCGCAUUUACAGCCGAACAAUACCAGCAACAUCAACAGCAGCUGGCACUCAUGCAGAAACAGCAGCUUGCACAAAUUCAGCAACAGCAAGCAAGUAGUAAUUCCUCCACCACCAUGCCACAGAACCUUGCAUCUAACCAGCAGAAAAGUGGCUUUCGCCUGAAUCUACAUCAUAGCCACUCUAUACAGGGUUUAGAAAGAACAUUACAGGGUUUUGUGUCCAAGACUUUGGAUUCUGCUAGUGCUCAAUUUGCUGCUUCUGCUUUGGUGACAUCGGAACAACUGAUGGGAUUCAAGAUGAAGGAGGAUGUGGUGCUUGGAAUUGGGGUGAACGGCGUCCUUCCAGCCUCAGGAGUAUACAAGGGCUUACACCUCAGUAGUACUGCACCCACAGCACUUGUCCACACGAGUCCGUCGACGGCAGGGCCGGCUUUGCUGCAGCCUGCAAGCGUGACCCAGACUGCGGGUUCCCACAGUGCGCCAGGUCACCCGGCGACCGCUGCCAACUCCACCACAACUCAGGUUCUGAUUGGGAACAACAUUCGAUUGACUGUACCUUCAUCAGUUGCCACUGUAAACUCUAUCACCCCUAUAAAUGCACGACACAUACCUAGGACUUUAAGUGCUGUCCCGUCGUCUGCCUUAAAGCUGGCUGCUGCAGCAAACUGUCAAGUUUCCAAGGUCCCGUCGUCAUCUUCUGUGGAUGCCGUCCCACGGGAAAAUCAUGACUCAGAAAAGCCAGCACUAAACAACAUAGCAGACAACACAGUGGCGAUGGAGGUGACGUAGCUCCUCAGGAGCGGAGCCGCAGCCUGGGGACUUGACUAGGUGCUAUGCAUCGGGAGCGUUUCAAAUGCAAGGGAUGGUGGAAUGCAGCACAUGCGUUUCUGUGGCAGCUGUGGGGACUCGACAGCAGUGCUCAUCUCUCAUGCUUCAACUUUUCUUUUCUUACUGUUAAUAGGAAAAAAAAUCAACAUCUGUAAAUUAAGAAUACAGCAAUUAUCUGUACAGUACUGCAU